GCAACAGGCAUAUCCAAAGAAGCAUCCUCCUGGAUGGAUCUGAGGUCACCCAUAUCCCUCCAGCUUCACAGCACCGCCGCAUCCCAUCACCAGCUCCUCCAGCACCGUCCCACUGAUCCUCACCCACAGAACAACUUGCUCUCCUGUGGCAUCUCAUCAGAAAACAUCCUCCCCAGAUACAUCUCCAGGAGCAGCCGAGGCACUCAGACAUUAACAGAUUCCAGAGCAAUAAAGAAAGACUCAAGUCAACAAACAGACUGUGGAAUAGCAGUAUUAGAUAAGGAAAUCAUUCAACUUUCCAACUACCUCAGGGAGGCGCUACAACGAGAGCUGCUGCUGAAGCAGAAGAUGGUGAUUUUACAGGAGCUUUUAUCCACAUUGCUGCAAGCCUCUGAAAAAUCUUGGAAGGGUCAACUGAAUGAAGACAAACUGAAGGGGAAACUGAGGGCCCUUGAAAAUCAGCUUCACGCUUGCACCCAGAAUUACUCAAAGGAUAGCCUGAAGAAGAUCCUGUUAGAGAUGGAGGACCAAAAGCAGACUUAUGAGCAGAAAGCAAAAGAGUCUCUGCAGAAAAUGUUGGAAGAGAAACUCCAAGCAGAACAGCAGUUACAGAAUACUCAGAGGACCCUGGUAGUCAAGGAAGAUGACUGUGCUCUCUGGAAAGAACACUAUGACACAUUACAAGCAGAGUGGAGUGAGACCGUGAUGAAGCACGCUCAACUGGAGAACAAGCUGCAUGCUUUGCAGAACAAACUGCAAUGGGCCGACACCCAGAACGAGCAGCUUCACCAGGCCCUGCACAACUUGGAGAAUGAGCGUGAAGAUCUCCAUUUGAGAAUCGAGGCUCUACAAGAAGACAACAAGCUCAAAAUGGAGCACACUAGGGCAAUGCAAGGUCAAUUGCAAAAUGAACAAAUGCAAAAGAUGGCGCUGGAGGCCACGAUCACUCAUUUACACAACCUGUUGCAGAACCAGUCCAAAGAGCAGAAGGCUCAGGAAGAAGUGGUAGGAAGAAAAGAUCAGGUUUUAACUAUGCAGAUCCAACCCCCCUGCCCAAUCAGAGACAAACAAGGUGCUUUGUUAAAUCACCCUGAGGAUGAGGGAGAGGAAAAUCUGAAGGACCAGAUACAAAGGAGGACAGCCCAGCUGAUUGCCAAGGAAAAGGAGUGCGCAGAGCUCCACUCUGAGCUGGAGGCCCUGAGUGACGAGUACCGCUCCUGCAUGACCAAGUUACGGCAGUGCCGGGACGAGCUCAAGCUGUUCCAGAGCAAGCAGUCAAAUAGACAAUGUGGCCCCUGGGUCCCUCUCCUCAUGGUGGUGGUAGCAGCAGCCGCAGCCGCUUUCUUAGCUAAUUUUGUACCCUGAGAAUCCAUUUCAACUACCUCAUCUCGGCAACUGACUCAGCUUCAUUCAUUGUCACGGGGUGGGGUGUUUCGGGGGCAUUUGAGCUGGUCUCACUCCUCCAGGACUUCGCACUGGUCCAAUAAAUGCCAUGAGAUCGUG